AAGAAAUGCUUGCCACGCUAGCAUUUCAAGUUCGAGCAGUGAAACUGUACGAUCGUUGAGUUUUCUGAUCGUAGGUUAGAUAUCAUUAGUGAAACUACAUUCUAUAUUUAUCAAGUUUGUUAGAUAUAUUGACACAUUCGACAUCAUGCUAAAGCACAUCGUACUUCUCAGCAUCGUGUUUUGCUCGGUGCAAUCGCAACGACCAUGGCAUGCUGGCAGUAGUAGCAAUCGUCUACCUCAAGUUCUGCCUCAGUAUCUCGACGAACGAAUAGCGGCGGAACAGCAAACAGUUCAGGCGAGCCCAGCGAAUCAAGCGAAUUCAGUAAGUCAAGCAGAUCCAAUGAAUCAAGCGGGCACAGCGAGUCAAGCAGGCCAAGGGACAGUUGGCGCUCUUGAAACGAACUUGCUCGGAAAUCGAAUUGGCGGUAAUACAGCUCCGAGCGCGACCACCACGAUAAUCCCGUUCGAUUUACCCGUGGACGCUCACGGCGACGUCGAUUUGGUGAAUAGGAUUAAGACCUGGCCGAGGGACAAACAACCCUUCUGGUAUAUCAACUGGCAGGCGAUCCAGGCCCAUCGCGGUGACGUGAAUAACGUCGCCCAACCGACCCAAAUGCAACCGAAUCCGAUGUCAUUCUUCGCGGGUUAAGAGAGCGAAUCACCAAUUCUAAAUUGAACAUAUCAAACAAGACUGUAAAAUUAAGCAUUCGUUUUUAGCAUUAGAGAAUGAGAACGCAAUCGUGUCGAUAUUUAUGACCGUUGACGACAGCGGUUAUUCCUAGUCAAAGCAGAUUCUUCGGAGAGAUACGCGAAUCCACGGUUUUCGAGAGGAGUGUCAUUAUUCAA